AUGCCAUGGAACAGCUUUGCUAUUGGCAUUUGGAGCAUUUGCUUGUUGCCAUUGGUCUCCGCAGAGGCCCGAUCCUUCGGAUCCUUCGGAUCCGUGUGCAGCUUUGUGUUCCGUGGAUCUCGAACGGACUUGGCCUCAAAACAGGCACUUGAUGCUUGCGUCUCGGAGCUGCUUGAAGGCUUUGGACUGGAAAGGGAGCAGCGGGAGCGCGAUGAUGAGCGGCAGACGGUGACAUGCAUCGGUAUCAUGCGAGGCUUGGGCUCCCAAGUUGGCUAUGGCAACAAUACGCGACGCGUCUGCUGGGCGACACCCAACAUGAACUUGACGUCUUGGAGCUGCGAGGCGCUGAAUGACGUGGCAUGGGAGCUGAUGAUCGCGGCGUUGCGGCAUCUGGCUCUGUGUAGCGGCCUCUAUGGAGAGAUCCCCGAAGAUUCCUUGGAGGCAAUGGCAGAUGAACUGCUGGAGGUUUCCGGCCAAGCUCUCGCAAGAGAAUCUGAGAUUCAUCAGUCGACGCCCAUCGGAUUCUUGAUCGGUGAGAAGCUCGGUCAGUUGCGAGAGGACUUGAUGCAUCCGCUGCAGCCGAAACAGCAUAGCCGUCAGGUGGUCUCAAGAUUGCUGGCCUUCAGUCGCAAAGCAUUUGAACACGUGAACUGGAUUGUCUGGCGAGAUACGCACUUUGUUUGGUUGAAGGACUCUCUGAGUGAGGGUCGCGUGGUGCAGAGCUCCUGGGGUCCAGCAGAUCGCUGGAGCGAGCUGGGAGCGCAUGAUGCCUUCAGCAGCCAUGGCUUGUUGGGAGGCUCUGCCAGGGCACCAGUCUAUGCCUUUUCCAAUGAGGGUAGCCAGCGGCAGGAAAUCCUUAGCAACCUUCUGAAGAAGGCACAUGAUCUAGAAGGGCGAACACUGAUUGUAGUGGAGAUUGGGGUCUUCAAAGGAAGUCUGUCCAAACACGUUCUGGAGAAACUGCCAUUCGUCCAAUUGCUUGGUGUAGAUCCCUACAUCGGCAAAGAUGGUACAUUUCCUGGCGACUUCUCCGAAACCCUUGACCCAGAUAUGGCGCUAGCCCAGGCACAAAAGCUCUACGAGGGCUUUCCUGACCGAGCGCAAUUGCUUCCGACCACUUCAGAAGAAGCUGCAAGGAGUAUUCCAGAUGGCAGCUUGGACGCCAUCUUCGUGGAUGGGUGCCACCUCUACGAGUGUGUGGAGUCCGACCUGAAGAUCUGGCUGCCCAAGCUGGGCCCAGGUGGACUUGUUGCCGGUCAUGACUUUUCACCUCAAUGGCCAGGAGUCGUACGAGCUGUCCAUGAGCAUCGGAUAGAUGGCAAACAGGUGGCAUAUCGAAUUCCAGGAGCACCAAAUGCGGAAUGGGUUGAUAUUUACAACAGGCUUUAUCGGGAACGAAUCAUUUUCAUUGGCAAAGAGAUUGAUGACAAGCUGGCAAAUGAGGUCAUCGGAGUUUUGCUUUACUUGGAUUCCGAGGACAGCAACAAGCCCAUCUACUUGUACAUCAAUAGUGCCGGUGGAUCCGUCAUUUCGGGUCUCUCCAUCUACGACACCAUGCAGCAUAUCAAGUCGCCAGUCAUCACCAUCAAUGUUGGUCUGGCGGCCUCGAUGGCAUCCUUCCUCCUGGCCGCAGGGGAAAAGGGCAAGCGAAUUGCGCUGCCACACAGCCGGACCAUGAUCCAUCAAGCCAUGGGUGGAGCGCAGGGUCAGGCGGAAGACAUCAAGGUAGAAGCCCAGCAAAUCUUGCAGAUCCACGAGAACAUCGUGCGGAUGUACUCUCGUGUGACAGGCCAAAACGAGGACACCAUUCGAAAAGACCUCAUGCGUGACAACUUCAUGUCUGCCGAAGAGGCGAAGGAAUAUGGCUUGAUCGACCAGGUCAUCCAGCUUGCAGAUGCCUCCGAUCUGAAGGCCGUUGCCGAUAAGGUGACCUCCGAAGCACCGAAGGAGUCUGCAGCGCCACCUUCUCCGCCACCAGAGGUGCCUGACCAGACGCCAGACGGUGAUGAGGAUGACGUCCAGCCAGUGAUGUGA